AUGGCCGAACGAAGCAAUGGGGACGUUCUGAUGCUGGAAGCCCCACCGUCUUAUGGCAGACCUACCAGUUCGGACGCCGAAAUCAUCGACGCAUUGCCUUACAUCGACGACGACUACGCCGAUCCCAGAGUCAAACUCGAGGUUGACCGUCUCGUCGACGAUGAGAUGCGCCGAAGCUCCAAGAAACCUACAGAUUUCCUCAAAGAUUUCCCUCCUCUUCCCAACUCCAAUUUUGAGAACUACCCGAUGAUUGCGAGAGAGUACGAACGCGUGAGAGCUGGAAGGCCUCCUGUUGCUCUUGAUAGAUCGCGCUACGAAUUGGAAAUGCCGCCAGCGAAUAAAAGAAACGAUGAAACUGCUUGGAAGCAAGCUCUUCAUAGAGCUCAACGCCUACUGCAGUACCAGAUGAUGAGGAUGGAAAAUUUGGAUUUGAUGUUAAAAUAUGGUCCUGAUACGUGGAAACUACACAACCAUCGAUUAGAAGUAUACUUAUCAAGAAUGCAGAAAUUAGCUCAAGAACAAAAUGAAAAGAUUGAAAAAGUAAAUCGUGAAAGGAAAUAUCAUCAGCAAAAUACUGCGUAUGAGCUUAAUGCAUUGUCCAUGCAAUGGAAGGAGCUCUGUCAGAAGAAUAUAGAUAUAAAUGUUGCUUGUGUUUCAGUUGUAAAUCGCAUAAAUGAACUGAAAAGAGAAGCAGCAGAAAGAGGCUGGAACCUGGAAGCAGUGACAGAAAAUGGUCAAUUGGCGAACGCCGAAUUAUGA